CUUCAAAGGCGAUAGGUUCUGAAAGGGUCUAAGCUCCUUUGCUCGACUCCUCAGAGCUUCCGCUUUUUGCACAUCUCCCCCACCCCCGCCGCAAUCAACACAGACACCACAGCGACAGGUGCUGGGAAUCAGCUGGCAGAGGAGCCAGGACGCAGCCUCGAACAACCGCCUGGGAGACCCAACUUGUUCGCUGAACCUCAGUGCUGUCAAGAUCAACAUGAUGGCAACUCAAAACUCCUUGAUGGUGGAGUCAUCUUACCCAGACUUGGUUAUCAAUGUGGGAAAAGUAACUCUUGGUGAGAGAAACAGGAAUAAAUUAAAGAAAUCUCAAAAAACCCAAGAGAAGGUGAAACUUCUACAGGCUGUCUGUGCUUUAUUAAAUUCAGGAGGAGGAGUGAUCCUGAUAAAAAUGGCAAAUGAGGAUGAGCAACCUGUGGAAAUGGGACUGGAUUUAGAAGAGGCUUUGAGAGGGCUCAUUCAGUCUUCAGAUUUUCAGUCUUUCUUUGAGAUGAGGCAACAAGGCAGGUGGUUUUACAUUUUCGUUAAAUCUUGGAGCAGUGACUAUUUUCCUGAAGACAGACCUUUCAGGCCUCGCAUUUGCAGCCUGAGUUCAUCAUUAUACCGCCGCUCUGCUACUUCUGCUUUCCCCAUGGAUUCACAAGAGGCAUUCAGUUUCCUGAAGACCAAGAAGCAGAGUGCUGAAUGUAGUCUGGUUAAUGAAGGAGCACCACUUAGUAAGAUUCCCAGAACUGUAUAUGUGAGUUCUGAAUCACAUUUUCCUAGCCAAGCUUUCCAAAGAGACAAGUUUGAACGUGGUGAAAUCAUGCCUUUUCCUGAGUCCCAGUUUGCAGAGUUUAAGCAGUUCGCUACUGAAUGCAUCAAUAAAUAUUUAAAAAGCAUAAUUCCAGAGUACAUAUCUGCAUUUGCAAAUAAUAGAGGAGGAUAUCUUUUUAUUGGAGUAGAUGACAAGAGUAAGAAAGUCCUGGGAUGUCCUAAAGAAAAUGUUGAGUUUAACUCUUUGGAAAACACAGUCAAAGGAGCAGUUUCCAAGUUGCCUAUUAUCCAUUUUUGCUCUUCUCGGCCAUCAGUGCGUUAUGAGAUGAAGAAAGCAGAUGUGUUUCAGAAAGGAGAGUUGUAUGGUUAUCUCUUGAUGAUCAAAGUGGAAUCAUUCUGCUGUGCAGUUUUCUCAGAAGCUCCUAAUUCAUGGAUGGUCAAGGACAAGGAAGUUUGUAGCUUGACAACCAAGGAAUGGGUAGAGAUGAUGAUGAUGGACAUAAAUGCAGAUUUGGCCAAAGCUUUUGAAUCUCAGCUGAGUAUAUCUCACAGCCCACCAAGCUGCAGACCAGUAUACUCUAAGAAAGGACUGGAACAUAAAGAGGCUCUCCAGCAACAUCUAUUUCCAGUGCAACCAGGACAUCUGCAACAUGUCCCCAACCCCCUCUGGAAAGAGCUGUGCUCACAACAUGAAGGACUGAAAGAAUUAGUAAACCAGCAAGUGAAGGAUUUCUGUGAGGGAAUUCUGAUCCUCUCCAGAAGCUGGGCUAUGGACCUGAACUUGCCAGAGGAACAGGAAGUCAUCUGUGACGCUCUGCUGAUAGCAAAGGACAGCCCUCCAGUUCUCUACACCAUUCUUGGGAACCAGCGUGUAGAUGGGCAGCUCUACUGCACUCGCACCGCCUUUGCUUUGAAGCAAAAGCCGGUGAACACCGGGGGCUACACUGGAAAGCUGUGUGUCCUGACCAGGGUCCUCCACCUGAGUCCUCAGGACAAUGCAGGGACCUUGGUGGGUUCAGGCUGUCCCCUUGGUUACCCGGAGGCCUAUAAUCUUCUAAACACCCAGCAAAUGGAAACCCUGCUUCAGUCCCUUGUGAUUGUCUUGCUUGGCUUCAGGUCUUUCCUGAGUGACCAGCUUGGCUGUGAGGUUCUAAAUCUGCUCACAGAGCAACAAUAUGAGAUCUUCUCAAAAAACCUCCACAAGAACAGAAAAUUGUUUAUCCAUGGCUUACCUGGCUCGGGGAAGACUGUGCUGGCUAUGAAGAUCAUGGAGAAGAUCAAGAAUGUGUUUCACUGUGAGAAAGAGAACAUUCUUUACAUUUGUGAAAAACCUCUGAGAAAUUUUAUCAGUAACAAACAGAUCUGCAAUGCAAUGACCCGGAAAUCCUUCAUGAAACAUAAAUUUCAUAGAUUUGAAAAUAUUCAACAUGUAGUCAUCGAUGAAGCCCAGAAUUUCCGCACUGAAAAUGGGGACUGGUAUGCAAAGGCAAAAGCUAUUUCUAGAAAAGAAAGUGAUUGCCCAGGAAUUUUCUGGAUCUUUCUGGACUACUUUCAGACUAGCCAUACAAAUGACAGUGGCCUCCCCCCUCUCUCAGCUCAGAGUUCAAUAGAAAUGCUCACCAGAGUGGUCCGAAAUGCAGAUCAAAUAGCCAACUACAUCCAAGAAUUAGUGAAUACAAUCAGGGAAAAUCCUCCACCAAACAUACCCCAUAGAUCCCUGGAGAUGAUCCAUGAUGCUAAGUGGACUCAGGGUGUUUUUGGUGUCUUCAAGACUCAGACAUUUAUUAACAAAGAUGCCAUGCUGAUUCAGGUAGCAACACAAUGCCAGCUUCUUUUCAGGAAUGGUUAUUCUCCCAAGGAUAUUGCUAUACUUUUCAGUAAAGCAUGUGAAAUAGAAGAAUAUAAUGAUACGUUUCAAGAAGUAAUGAGGAAAAGAAUGUUUCAGCUUGAUGAAGAAUCUAAUCUGUUCAAGACUGUGGAUGCAUCGCAUGUUGCUGACAACUACAUUGUGUUGGACAGUGUCCGUAGAUUUUCAGGCCUGGAAAGAAACAUCGUGUUUGGGAUCAAUCCAACAGCUGCUGAGACAGCUGUUUCCGACAAUCUUUUGCUCUGUCUGGCUUCCAGAGCAAAGAAGCAGCUGUAUAUAUACUGGAACUUAAAUAAUUGGUAAGAAGAUCUCAGUCUAACAGGACCUGGUAAGGAUAAAUGCCUCCUUUACCCCUGAAGUUUCACAAAGAGAAUUCAGUGUGAUAGUGUCAUAUAUUAGAAAGUACAGAAACCACAGUGUUAUCAAGGAUGUGGGGAAGGAGGAAUACUUGACAUUGUUGGCAAGAAUAUAAAUUGGUUCAUGCCCUGUGAGGAAAAGUUUGGUUUUCACCUUUCAUUGAUUUUUUAAUCUUUGUAUUUUUCAUUUCAUUUUCUUAUCUUAGUGCAUGAGUAAAAACUCUUAGUAUAAAAUUGAAUGCAUAUGAUAAUACCAACGAUCAUUGUUUCAUUCUUUUUUUUUUUUAAUAUUUAUUCCCUUUUGUUGCCCUUUUUUUGUUUCCCUCCUGGGGCUCAGUGCCUGCACUACGAAUCCACUGCCCCUUGCCCCUAGAGGCCAUUUCCCCCCAUUUAAAAAAUUGUUUAAAAAAUUUUAUUUAUUAAAUCAAAUGACCCCAUCCAAAAAUGGG